CGCACGUUUCUAGAUACCUUGAAAGAGUGUUAACGUUAUUGCGAAGUUUUAUACAUAUUAACAUCAUACAGCGGCAAUAAUUCGGAUCAAAGUAUAAUCAAAUCUUACCGACUUUUGACAAACUAUGGAGAGUAAAAGUAAUUCUCUCCGAAUUCCAACUGGUCCUAAUAUCAAACAAGCCAAAUUGCAUGAUGCCGAGAGGAAAGGUUCCAACAAGAUGGUGCUAUCAAAUACAGCAUCUUCAUCUCCUUCUUCAUCGAACGAAUCAUCGUCUUCGGAAAUGGAGGUCCAGUCCUCUGACAUGGAAAUGUGUCAGGUAUACGCAAACUCUAGUUCUUCUGGCUACUCCGACAUGCAGAGUUCUUCUUCGGAUACUGGGAAGUCAAGGGAUGAUCUUUCUGACGAUAAAGAUGAUUGCAUUCCUCUGAUCAAUGGCCCCAUAACUUUAUCACUGAUGGAAGCAAAACUUUGGUACAAGUUUUUGGAGGUGGGGACAGAAAUGAUCAUUAACAGAACAGGAAGGAGAAUGUUUCCAUAUGUCGAGUUUUCCCUCCGAGGAGUUGACCCUGUUGGAUUAUAUGACGUCAUAUUUGACAUCAUACCCGCUAGCAGCAAAAGCUUUAAGUUUUUGAACAACAAAUGGAUUCCAAUCGGAAGGAAAGAAGAAGAAUUCAAGAAUUACCCAUUCAAACACCCGGACUCUCCAAGAAUAGGAUCUGAUUGGAUGACUCGAAAAAUUUCCUUUGAAAAAGUGAAAUUGUCAAACAAACCUGGCACAAAGGCUGGAAUCUUUACUCUGCACACACUGCAAAAAUACCUGGUGCGUAUCUCCAUCGUUAAACACGAGAGAGACGAUGAGCUGUCGGUGGUAGAGUUCCCUAUCCGAGCCACCACAUUCAUCGCGGUGACGGCUUACAACAACAGAGAGGUCACCAAACUCAAGAUCAACAGCAAUCCAUACUCCAAGGGGUUCCGUUUCCCUAUGAAAAGACUGAAAAAUCGUGCCUUUGAACAACUUGAUGCAAAGGAACAAAAGAUGCUUACUCUUGAAGAUUCCUUGUCGAAUUCUGUUUAUUGUCAUCUAUCAAAAGAAAUGCCAACAUUUCCUCGAUGCCCGCUUGAUUUAUCCACUAACAAGGAAAAACACAAAACAGAUCCCACUCCCACUACCGAGGACGUAGUGGCAGUUGACAAAUCUACACAGACGGAAAUAACAAUAGCAGACAUCCGAUCGUGGUUUUAUUUUCUUGGAUACCCACUGACUGACCGUUAUACGGAUCUGAAUAUGCCAUUUUAUCCUUUUUAUCCACAUAUGCAGAGAAAUGCAUGGGAACAGGAUGCAUGCAGCAAUGGUCAGAAUGGCGAAUUUUCACAGAUUUAUCCAGAAUCAAAAUCAUCAAAUCAGCAUACAAUCAUACCUUCGAAAGAAAUUGAAAAAGAAAAGAAACUUGCAAGUCAGACGAACGAGCGCGAACGUGGAAAGAGAGAAGAAAGACUAAUGGAGUAUAAUGCCAGAAUAGAAAUGUGGAAACGAGACAGAGACACUUCUCGUUCUGACAAUCCUGAAGCAAUGAAGAAAUGAUCUAAAAAAUCUUCAUCACUGUCCUCUCCAUAAACAAUUUUUGGAGUAUACAGAAUUCGAACUUGUGUGUCUUGAUGUCUGUUUUACCUGUUAUCCGUCUGUCCAUCUUGCCAACCGCAAGUCACAUUAUUCGUGUCGUCUUAUCAAGUCCGGUACAAUUCAUGGAAAUGAUGACGGAAUCCUCGUUGAAAAUCAUUAUUUUUUUCUGAAUUCCGUAAGAUACAGUUGAAUGAUUUAUGAAACUUUUAGAUAUCCGCAACAUAGGAUAAAAUGAAAAUAUUAGCUAAACGUAGAGUAGAAUGUAUUUCAGAUAGUUGAGAUGUAUAAUAUGGGGUUUCGAUUGAAGAAUAAGCCUUAGGAGUUUAACAUUAACUUUAAUUGAGGAAUUGAUCAAAAUGACUUUUUUUCCUAUCUCAAAUUUUUAAGUUUUGAAUGCAUGGUAUGGAGUAUUAUGUAAGGAAUAAUCUCAUCCCCCUUCUUUUCUUCUUGAGCUGUAGGGCUGUGUUACAAAAUUACUGUAUUUUAUAAUGUUGUAUAUGUGGGAUGUGGGAGAGAGCAUUGGAAAAAGAAAUACUAAUUGUGAAGUUGCUAUUUACGGAACUUUAAAGUUAAUCUAUUUUUCGUUAAAAGAUUUAGGCAUAAAAAAACAUUGAUUACUAGCAAUAACUUAAAAAAACAUAUCGUUCUCAAAUCAUGAUAAAAAGUCUUUAAAACUGAAUUGCAAAUCGGGACAAAAAUUGAAAAUAAUUCUCAUCUAUGCAUCAUAAAUAGGGUAGGAUACUAGUUCUAAAUAAUUUACAUGUUUGUGUUGUUUGUAGAAUGUAUUCAAACACUUAAAAUUAAACUAUGACCUAGACCAAGACACCUGUGAGAUAUAUCCAAAUCAUAGAAAAUGCCAGUCCAGUCAAUUCCCAUUAUAAUGUACUGCAUGAUUGUCUCGCUCUGAGUUUGCGGUCUCUAAACAUAUUUUGAUCAAUAAAAUGUUGUGAUACAUGUUGUUUAUUGAACUUCAUUUCUUAGCAGUAGGUAAUAUCAGAUAAAGUGUUGUGUUGUUAAAGUAAAAUUUGUCGUAAUUUUGAUACAUUUUAAAUUCAAAUUUUUGACAUUUUAACUCAUUUCAACAUUUGGAGAACACUAGAAUAACACUUGACACUCGAUCGAUCAUACUUGAAAUCUAUUAGCUUUUUGCAGAGUUCUGUAAAUAGAUUAUUUGGAGAAAAAAAUCAUGUUGAUUUUAUACCAGUUUCUGGUGUUUAUGCUUUUAUUUACUUGUUUGAAAAAAUUCUUUCACCAUGCUCUCACGCACAUCAUUUUAUCGAUAUUUCAUUGUUUCAAACUUUGUUUGCUUAUAAUGUGUUUAAUAAUUCAAUACAUUUUGUUAUGAAUUAAAUAUGAAAUUGUUGAAAAAUAG